AUGGAGGCCUCCACAGCAGGUUCCGGUAUGCCAACCGAUGCCCCGCCCAGGGAACAGCACGAUACUGCUCCAGAUGCAUCAGUGACGCGGGCUGCCGCCCCAUCACCUCCGACUCCCAAGGGCGACAUUGCGACCGAGAAGAAAGAAUCGAAAAUGGCCAAUGAUGGCCCUACAACCGCUGCUGUAGGACCUGCAAUUCCAGCUGAUCAAGUUGCCGCUCCUGCCUCUGAGCCCCAGCCGGCGGUUGACAUCGACAAGACCAAACCAGAGGACUUUGACGGCGAGGUUGCCACUAACAACGUGCUGCCCUCGCCCGAAACGAUCAGGAAAAUAGAGGACUACAUUGUCCUUGAUCGAGACGGCAAAUCCAAGACAUUCAAGAGCUUGUAUAGUGGGAACAAUGUAGCGAGACGGGUGCUGGUGGUGUUCAUCCGACACUUCUUCUGUGGCAACUGCCAGGAAUACCUUCGAACACUCUCAGAAUCAAUUACCCCCGAGGCCCUCCUCCAACUCCCCGUCAGCACCUUCAUCGUCGUCGUGGGAUGCGGCGACCCGGCCCUCAUCAACAUGUACAUCGAGGCGACCAACUGCCCAUUCCCGCUAUACACCGACCCCACACGGGCACUCUUUGACGCGCUCGGCAUGACCAAGACGCUUGCGCUGGGCUCCAAGCCCGCGUACAUGAGGAAGAGUAUGUGGAGGAGCACUCUGGACAGCAUCGGCCAGGGACUCAGGGUCCUCCCCAAGGGAUUGUCUCUCAAGUCCGGAGACCAGCGUCAGGUGGGCGGCGAGUUCCUCUUUGAGCCACUUGAUAUUGUCACGCCCAUCACGACGCCUAAAGACGAGCGGCCGACGGCCAUGGGGUCGAUCCAGGGCGCGAGCAGCGGCAGCAGAGAUCGCGGAGAUGACGGACCUGUGGAGGAGAAGAGAGUUACCUGGUGUCAUCGGAUGAGGACGACGCGCGACCACGCCGAGAUUCCAGAGCUCAUGGAGGUGCUGGGGCUGAGCGCGCAGGAGCUCCCGAUCAAAGACCAGGACGCGUGGAUGAAGGCGUUGCAGUCGAGGAAGGGGACGGGGCUGACCAUGGCUAGCAAGAUGAGGAAGCUGAGCGAGUCGAAGGAGGCUGAAGAGGCGUAA